AUGGCUCCAUUAAAUCAAUCUACAGUAAUCACGUUUAUCUUAGAGGGAUUAACAGACCGGUCAGAGCUCCAACCGCUCCUCUUUAUCCUCUUCCUGGGCAUCUACGUUGUCACUGUGGUGGGAAAUUUGGGCAUGAUCCUACUAAUUGCUAUCAGCCCUCAGCUGCAAUCUCCAAUGUACUAUUUCCUCAGCAACUUGUCCUUUGUGGAUCUCUGCUAUUCCUCUGCCAUUACUCCCAAACUUCUGGUGAAUUUCACAGGGGACAAAACAAUAUCCUACAUUGAGUGUAUGACACAGCUUUUUUUCUUCUGUUUUUUUGUUGUUUCUGAAAGUUUCAUGCUGACAGCCAUGGCCUAUGACCGUUAUGUUGCCAUCUGCAGUCCCCUGCUCUAUAAUGUCAUCAUGUCUCCAAGGGUCUGCUCCUUUUUGGUGACAGGGGUGUAUACUAUGGGUAUCUCUGUCGCUCUGGUUCACACAAGUUGCAUGGCCAGAUUGUCUUUUUGUGGUCCUAAUGUCAUUAAACAUUACUUCUGUGACAUUAUCCCCCUUCUGAAGCUCUCCUGCUCCAGCACCUACCUCAAUGAGCUUCUGGUGUUGGUCAUUGCUACAUUCAAUGUAUUUUCAACCACUGCUGCCAUCUUCAUCUCUUAUGCUUUCAUUCUCACUAGCAUCCUUUGCAUCCAGUCUGCUGAAGGGAGGUCUAAAGCCUUCAGUACCUGCAGCUCCCACUUGGCAGCUGUUGCUAUCUUUUAUGGCACCAUUAUUUUCAUGUAUCUUAAGCCACCAUCAAGCAGUAGCAUGACUCAGGAGAAGGUGGCCUCGGUAUUUUAUACCACAGUUAUCCCCAUGCUGAAUCCUCUAAUCUACAGCCUGAGGAAUAAGGAUGUCAAGGAUGUACUAAAGAAAAUCAUGAGGGGUACCAUAUUUUUCAGGUCCAUGUAG